GAAAACGGCGACACGAACUGUAACUCUCAACUCUUUUCAGAUGUUUUGAUACGAUACAAACUUACACAAGUCUAUCCGAGCGACUGUACAAGUUUACACGGACAUAUUUUCGCGAAAUAUACGCGGUUACCGCGAUUAUCACCACAUUUACAUUUGUGCGACUGCACGUAUAGUAAAACACGCGACAUGGAGAGAAAAUUAUCAGAACAACAUACAGAAGAAGACGAAAAGAAGGGGGCCCGCACCUGCUUUAUGAGAAACAUCCAGGUGGUGCCAUUUUCUUCACAAUCUGACCCGGAUCCAUCAGAUCCUCAACCAGGUUCAUCAGAGCACACAUGUUUACCUGUUUUUAAGACAUCAGUCUCGCAAGACUCGGCGGAUUUCCUCCCUGGUUGUUGUAACCGGGCGCCAACCCCUCCCGAAGAUCAGCAAGUUCAAUCAGGACUCGACCAGACAGCUCCAACUACAAUGGCAGAACAACAAACAACACAAAACAAAAAGAAGGGCAUUCCUGCCUGCUUGAGGAAAAAAUGGCGGACUAUAAAGAGCACCUUCUCUCGCUCCCCAUCAGAGGAUCCUCAGUCAGGUCUCAGGCCGACAGAACUAGCUGAUUCCCAGUCAUCUAAAACAUUUGCAUCGCUUUAUGAAGUGGGAAAAAGGAUGACAAAUCAUGGAUUGAUCUAUGAGGGUACUCGUAGAUCAGAUGGCCUAAAGGUCGCCAUCAAAUUUGUUCCAAAGGGGUCGAGAUUUGACACUUACAUCAACAUUCCUGGCUAUGACAAGCCUCUGCUCACAGAAGUUGGCCUAAAUCUGCUGCUUCAUAAACCUGAGAAAUGUCCCAACAUCGUACAAAUGUUGGACUGGUUCGAAGAAGAAAACCAGCACAUCCUCAUUCUGGAUUAUCCGUUUCCCUCCGUGUCCUUUGGGGAAUUCAUUGAUAAGAACGUUCUGUCUGAAGAGCAGUUCUGUGAUUUAAUGCGCCAAGCAGUGACCGCCGUCAAACACUUAAUCGACCACAACGUCUACAAUCGUUUGUGGGGUAUUCUUCUCAACACGGACACGAUGGAGCUCAAAGUAUCAGAAUUUGGAGAAGGACAUGGCGAACUCAUCUUAAAUUCCUUCGAACAAGACCCUAACAGCUACUGGCGAGCUUUUAAUGCUGCAAGGCUGGUCGGUUGUUUGGGUCGCGUGCUGCAUGUUAUGAUAAAACGUGGCUGUCUGGACGGUGUUCCUGAAGAAUUCGCCAAAGAAUGUCGAUUCGUGUUAUGUCGGUGGUUUUACUUGAGUCGCUACUACAAAGAACCACUUGAUCUUAGAACUAUCCUAGAUAUAUAUCGCUGGUAAGCAGAUACAAAGGUCAGGAGCACAAUUUCAAAGUAAACAAAGGUAAAGUUUGAAUUUACACUUGUUUUAUGCUUUUGGCGCAAAUUAUUUUUUGAAUAAGACGCAAAAGGCAUUUCAUUUGGUACCCAGCUCUUGAUUUUGACACA